AUGUCGACCUCGCCAAAGAGAACUACGUACAGAUCCCGAUCCGAGUUGACGAUGUGCAGCGGUGGUGGAGUGGUGAUGAUUUCCUGGGUCUUCGUGUGGAAGCUUUCUACAAAGGAGAGAAUUUGGCUGUCCACCCACAGCAAGAUUCCACAAAUGUUUGUUUUUUUACCGUACUAUGCAAAUAAUAAUUCUUGUUCAUCGCUGUAA